ACAUUUUUAUGUAACCCAUAACUAUUAUUAUGUCCCACAUAAGUUGUGUCUUGCAUAGACAAUAUUUAUGUAUUCAAUAGCUAUGUAAAAGUUUAUGUUAUAAUAGCCAUUGUUAUCAGGGUUACUAUGUUCACAUUAGUGAAAAUUGAUAAGAUAACGAAUAAUAGUAUUACUAUUAUUCGUAAUUCAAAUUUGUAUAAUUCUGAAUUCAUUUUGUUUUCUAAUUUAAUAAAAAUAUUUUAUAUAAUGACGAGCAAUUCAGAAAAAAAUAAACGAGCCCGUGCUCCUAAUAUUUCUGAAGAGGAAAAAUCAAUAAUAUUACACUGCAUAUCAAAAGAAAGGGACAUAAUUGAAUGCAAAAAAACAGAUAAGUUUAGCAACAGGGACAAAAACUCAGCUUGGGAAAGAAUUGCUGUUAAUUUCAACACUCAAUUAGGUGCAAACAAAAGAGACUCAAAAUGUCUUCGCCGUUUUUGGGAGGUUGAAAAAGCCAAAAGUAGAAAAGGAUUUGCAAGAGAAAGGAGAGAACACAUGGAAACUGGAGGAGGCCCUGAAAAAGAAAGUUUUAAUGACAGUACACCAGAAAUAAAUGAAAUAUUAGUUCAACCUCAAAUUGUGGAAUUGAAAAAUACGUAUGAUAGCGAUGGAAUUGCUCUUGAGCAAUCUGGAAACAUAACACAAGAACUUAUUUCUAUAUCCCAGACACAAGACUUAUUCCCAUUAAAUGAUAUAAUUAUGCAUUCAAAUAUUUUAUUAAAUGUCAAUGCACCAAUAACUGAUGACACAGUAGGUCCAACUACAGAAAAAGAAUUUGGUUCAUACUUUAACGGUGUUAAUGAAUCUGAGGAAGCUAUAAAUUAUGAUGCAAAUAUUGUGAAUGUUAACCGUAGUGUGCAUGAAGAAAACUAUAAUUCCUUCAAUCCUCAUACUUCUUCUCCUAUUCAAAAAUCACCUUUGAAAAAUGGUAUUAUAUAUUUCCUAUUAAUAUUCCUGUCUAUAUUAUACUUUCCAUUUUACCAGACAAUCAAAAUUUGGGGAAUUUUUAUUAUUUUUUAUAAACUGAUUUUACUUAUAGAUUUUUGUCUUUAUGUAAUUAUAACUAAUGAGGUAAUGAGUUAUUGUAAUUGAUGAUAUUACCUAGGUACUCAUACAAUUUUUAAACCAAAUGUUUGAAUGUUAUUUCUUAUUUUGGAACAAAUUUAUUUUAUAUAUUAACCUACCUAAUUUUAUUUUUUUUGGCCUUUAAUGGCACUUUUUGCUCUAAUGGAAUCAAAAAUUUGGUUGUCUGGUAACUUUGUUAUUUUAUCUAUUUAUUCUUUGUAGUUCCUUCCACAUCAAAUUUGUCUAAAAAAUCUACUAAACGUAUGGUAAGAGAGGAAGCAAAUUUAAGAUUAAAAAAGCUUAAAUCAUCUUGUGAAUGUGAAUCAUCUUUAUACAAGUUACAGGUAUGUUUUUUGUAUCAGUAGGAAUAGCCAGCAGAAUAUCAGGAAAAUUUUUUUUAAACACUGUCUAAUUUACAAUCAUUGGUCAGAUGUCCAUACUUUUUAAAGUUAAUAUACUACAUUCCACCUUUUUCAUAAUUCCAUUUAACCAGUAUUGUAAUGUAUUUGAGUAAAAGUAUUCAAAUAAUAAAAUAACAAAAUAUAUAAUAUUAUGUAAAAAGCUUCUA